UGAAGGGUGGUAGGGUGGGAUGGUGUUGGUGUUGGUGUUGCUGUAUAGAUAGAGACUUCUGCUUACUUCACCUCCCUCCCUCCCUCCUUCCCUUUCCUUCUCUUCUUCCUUCUUAUCUUUCAAUCUUCUUCUUCUAAUUUUGCAUACAUACAUACAAACAGAAAGAUAACAGAUUUGAGAAGAUGGGAAACUGUCAAGCUAUUGAUGCUGCUGCCUUGGUUAUACAGCAUCCAAGUGGGAAAAUAGAGAGGCUGUAUUGGCCAGUCACAGUUAGUGAGGUUAUGAGAAUGAACCCGGGUCACUAUGUUUCUUUGAUAAUACCAUUGCCUCCUCUACCUGAAGAAGAUCAAAAGUCCGUCCGUUUUACCAGGGUUAAGCUUCUUAGGCCUACUGAUACUCUUUCUCUUGGUCAUGCCUAUCGACUUAUCACUUCUCAAGAGGUUAUGAAGGUCUUGAAGGCCAAGAAGUAUGCAAAGACAAAGAAGCACCAGCAGGAAUCAGUUGAGAACUUGCAGAUACCUCAGGACAAGCAGAGUUCAGGUUCUGAAACAGAACCCAAAUCCCACAUGGAUAACAGUACCCAGGCGCUGAAACAGGAAAGGCACCGCCCAAGGACAGCAUCAGUGAACCCAGCUGCAAUGAGAUCAAAAUCAUGGCGGCCAUCGUUACAAAGCAUCUCUGAGGCUGGAAGCUAGAUGAAUGCUUAUUUCAAGUUUCAAAUUGUGAC